AUGUCUGCACCCAGUGUUCCUAUUGCCAUUAUUGGCAUGAGCUGCCGUUUCGCUGGCGGUGCCACCGAUCCCGAGAAACUUUGGCAGCUGUGCGCCGAAGGACGAACAGGAUGGAGCGAAAUCCCAGAGGACAGAUUCAAAAUCGACGGCCACUACCAUCCUCGGCCGGACAACCUCAAUACAACAAACGUAAAAGGAGCAUGUUUCCUUGAUGAAGACGUUGGCAACUUCGACGCCACGUUCUUCAACCUUCCCGCUGAGACAGCAGCAGACUACCAUGAUGCUGGACUUCGCGACGUCACAACACUGCCGCGUUUCUUUCUUGUCGGUGUCGGCUCUGCAAUGGCAUCGAACCGUCUUUCUCACUACUUCGAUUUACGAGGAGCAUCCAUGUCCAUCGAUACCGGUUGCUCAACAACGCUCACUGCGCUACACCAAGCAUGUAAUGACCUCCGCAACCGCGAGUCCGACAUGUCUGUAGUUUCAGGCGCUAAUCUCAUGCUAAAUCCCGACAUGUUCAUCACCAUGUCUUCUAUCGCAUUGAUCUCCAAGGACGGUCGCUCUUUUGCGUUUGACAGCCGUGCGAACGGUUACGGUCGUGGAGAAGGCGCAGCAACCAUUGUGUUGAAGCGUCUGGAUGAUGCCAUUCGCGAUGGCGACCCAAUUCAGUGUGUCAUCAAAGAGACUGGUCUUAACCAGGACGGAAAGACAGAGACAAUCACUACCCCGAGUCAAGCAGCACAAAUAGACCUGAUGCGACGUUUGUACAAGAAAGCCGGGUUAGACCCAAAAGACACGGGCUACUUCGAGGCCCACGGAACCGGAACACCUACCGGUGAUCCCCUAGAGGUCGGCGCUAUUGCUGCCGUGUUCAAAGACUCAAGACCAACCACUACCCCGCUACCUAUUGGUUCGAUCAAGCCCAAUGUCGGCCACACUGAGUGUGCGUCUGGUCUCGCCAGUAUCGUCAAGGUUGUCAAGGCGAUCGAGAAGGGACUCAUUCCCCCAGCGGCAAACCUGGAGACCAUCAACCCCAAGUUGAAGCUUGGAGAGUGGAACCUGAAGAUUCCCCGAGCUACUGAGCCUUGGAAUGCAUCUCUCCGCCGCGCCUCAGUCAACAACUUUGGAUACGGUGGCGCGAACUCCCACGUUAUUCUCGAGAACUACACUCCUGCCGAGCGUUCCUUUGGCAGCUCCUCUUCCCUCCCUUCCAAGGUCUACGUCCUCAGCGCCAAAGAUGAGCACGCUGCGACAGCAAUGGUUUCCAACCUCCGGGACCAUCUCGAAGAUGUCACGGAUAGCAUCGAGUACCAGAACGAUCUCGCAUAUACCCUCGGAGAACGUCGCUCAGCAUUCCCUUGGGUAGCAGCAACCUCUGCUUCUUCGAUUUCCGAACUCAUCCGACUUAUCGAUGCCGGAAAGAUGAAGCCAAAGCGCAGGGGCGAUGUCCCAAGAAUUGGCUUUGUUUUCACUGGUCAGGGUGCCCAGUGGUGGGCUAUGGGACGUGAGCUCAUCUCUGCCUACCCGGUCUUCCGCGAGACACUUCAUGAGGCCGAUAAGUACCUUCGCGAGUUUGGCGCCCCAUGGAGCCUGAUUGAAGAGCUUUACCAGAGCGAGAAGACGACCCGAGUCAACGAAGCGGCUCUUGGUCAGCCAGUGUGUGUUGCUGUGCAAAUCGCAUUGGUCCGCUUGUUGGAAUCCUGGGGCGUGAAUCCAUCGGCAGUGUGCAGUCACUCUAGUGGUGAGAUUGCCAGUGCCUACGCUGCAGGUGUCUUCGAUCUCCGCAGCGCUAUGGGCGUCGUCUACGCUCGUGGUUUCCUUGCUGCCGAUGUGGCAAAGUAUUCCAACCUUGGUAAGGGUGGUAUGAUGGCGGUUGGUCUUGGUGUCGAUAACGUACAGAAGUACGUUGAGCGUGUCACUGCCGGCCAUGUCCUUGUUGCGUGCCAGAACAGUCCUUCAAGCGUAACCAUUUCUGGAGACAUUGCCGGAAUCGAUGAGCUGGAGACGAUCCUCAAGGAGGCGGGAGUAUUUGCACGAAAGCUCCAGGUACCUGCGGCAUACCACUCCCACCACAUGGAGCCCCUCGCAACGCCCUACGCAGACUGGCUGAACGCGAACAUCAAGCCCCAACCAAAGAUGCGCGACAUCAUUUACUCUUCGCCCACUAUCGGUCAGCGCAUGACGGACGUAGAGGAAAUUGGCGCUGCGGACCAUUGGGUAAGGAGUCUUACUCAGCCAGUGCUCUUCGUUGAGGCUUUUACCAACAUGUGCUUUGCUGCCCCAGGGGAGCCCAGCGAUGUUGACAUGGUCAUCGAGCUCGGCGCUCAUCCCGCUCUCUCUGGCCCCAUCCAAGACAUUACAACGCUUGAUGCCUUCAACGGUUCCACGGUUGGCUAUGCCAGCUGCUUGGUACGCAAGAAGAACGCUGUCGACACCAUGCACACGCUGGCGUGUGAUUUGACCCACAAGGGCUUCCCGCUGAAGAUGGCCGCAGUCAAUCUCACAACCCAAGGCCGAGUAAUCACCGAUCUUCCAAAGUAUGCCUGGAACCAUCAGCUCCGUCACUGGUACGAGCCACGCAUGAACAGGGCGCAUCGCAUGUUGUCUGAGGGACCUCACGACUUGCUUGGUUCCCUUGUCACUGGUACCAACCGCAUCAACCCUUCUUGGCGCCAUGUCAUUAAGCCUUCUUCCAUGCCUUGGAUCACCGACCACAUGCUUCAGGGUACUGUCGUAUAUCCUGGAGCGGGUUUCAUCUGCAUGGCUCUUGAAGGUCUUCUACAAGCCCAACAGCAGACUGACAAGGUCAUCACUGGAUACCGCCUGCGUGACAUUGACAUGCUCGCUGCACUGGUCAUUCCAGAGGGCGACAAUGGCAUUGAAGUUCAAUUGUCACUCAAGCCAUGUGGAGAUAAGGCAAUCUACGCCAGGGGCUGGAGAGAGUUCCAGGUCUUCUCCGUUACUCACGACGACAAGUGGAAUGAGCACUGCCGAGGUCUCAUUUGCAUCGAGUACGACGGCAAGACCGCUCCCAAGGCCCCUGUGGCUGUUCGUGAAAAGAGGGAGUACAGGACUCGUGUCAGCCCAUCAGAUGUGUAUGGCUCCAUGCACCGCGUGGGUAUCCAGCACGGCCCCAUCUUCCAGAAUCUCAAGGCAGUGCAAGCUCGUCCUCAGGGCUCUCUCGCAACCAUUGAGACCAGAGAUACGGCUUCUCUGAUGCCGUACAAGUUUGAGCACGAGCAUGUCAUCCACCCAACCACCCUUGACACCGUCUUCCAGGCAAUUUACGCAGCACUGCCUGCUGCUGGAGCUCAUUUGCCCUCCGCACAAGUCCCACGUUCCAUCAAGAACUUGUGGAUCUCUGGAGGCAUCAAGCACGGCGCGCCCAACACUUUCAGUGCCUUCUCCGAGGUGCGAGACAACGACAAGCAGGGCUUCAGGGCUGCAGUCACUGUCGUCGAUGGUGCCGAGGGAGACGUUGUCAUUACUAUCGAGGACUUCCUCUUCCAGUCUAUUGGUGACGCUCUUAACAAGCGUGAGCCAUGUGAAAACGACAAGUUCCUCACUCCCAAGUGGGUUCCGGAUCUAACCAUGAUGAAGCCAGAAGACAUCAAGCAGAAGCUGUCUAGCGAACCCGAUCUCGUUGAGCUGCAGGCUUUGGCUGAUACGAGAUUGGCAUGCUCUUGGUUUAUCAAGGAUGCUCUUGCGGCCAUUACUCCCGAAGAGGUCAGUGGUCUUCAGGAGCACUUCAAGCGCUACCACGCAUGGAUGGAGUCUCAAGCUUCGGCAAACGAGGUUUCUCCUGUUACACAGGAAGAAAAGGCUGCGCUCAUUGCCAAGGUCGCGGCUGUCAGUGCCAAUGGAGCCCUUGUUUGCAAGGUCGGACCGCACUUGGCCGACAUCCUGUGCGGACGCGCAGCACCGUUGGAGUUGAUGCAAGAGAACCGCUUGCUACAGCGCUUCUACACCGAGUCUCUCAACCUCGACCGCAGCAGGAACCAAUUGGCAGAACUUGUUCGCCUGUUUGGAUUGAAGCAUCCUCGUGCUAAGAUCCUCGAAAUUGGCGCGGGCAGCGGCAGCGCAACUUACCCUGUCCUCAAAGCCUUGGGAGUCGAGGAUUCACUCUGCGCUUCGUACGAUUUCACUGAUGCUUCCGACAGCUUGUUCGAUGCUGCCGAGGAAAACCUUGCAGCAUGGAAGAGCAUCUUGUCGUUCCGCACGCUCGAUAUCCAGCAGGAUCCUUCUGGCCAAGGCUUCGAAGCCGGAUCAUACGAUCUUGUCAUUGCCUCGCAGGCCCUGCCCAAGACUGGAUCUGUCGAUGAGACCAUGGGAAAUGUGCACAAGUUGCUCAGGCCCGGCGGCAAGCUCAUCGCCAUUGAGCGAACCAACAACCAGCCAGACUUCCGCAUGACAUUCGGCCUGCUGUCCGACACGAGCCUUGACGACGAGGAGCAGCGAUUGUUGACUCCUUCUUUGACCGCCGAGGCUUGGAAUGACGUGUUCAAGAAGAACGGCUUCACUGGACUGGAUACUGAGGUCCGUGACUGCGAGAGCAACGAGGCUUACGCCUACAGUGUCCUGAUGUCUUCGACUGAGACUGAGGCGCCUUCAUACCACCAAGAGGUUGUCAUUGCGAUCCCUACACUGAGCCCCCCUCAGGAAUGGCUGAAGAGCUUGACUGAUGCCGUUGGUGCCAUCACUAACUCGCAGCCCACUGUUCAGCCAUAUGACAACCUUGACUGCGAAGGAAAGGUCGUUGUCUUCCUCCCUGAGGUCUCAAGCAAGCUUCUUGUCAACCCCGGGGAUGCGCAGUUCGAGGCAGUUAAGAAUGCCUGCAUCAAGUCCAAGGGUCUGCUCUGGGUUACCCAGGGUGGAACAGUGGAAAGCGCUGACCCAUUCUCAAGCUUGGCUUCUGGUUUCCUUCGUAUUCUCCGCCUCGAGUACGUCGGCAAGCUCCUCGCCACCCUCGACCUCGACUCCAAGGCAGAGGUCUGGUCCGCUUCCACCGUCUCAGCCGUCAGCAGCGUUUACGCCGGCCUCUUUGCCAAUCCCGCCGAGAACAAGCCCCGAGACUUUGAGUUCGCUGACCGCAACGGCAUCAACAUCUUGCGCUACUUCAAGGACCAUGCCCGCAAUGAUGUCUGGUUCCCUGACACCGACGAGGCAAACACCACUGUUCUGCAGAAGUUUGUCGACAGCUCGGUCCACCUUACUAUCGAGAACCCUGGACAUCUUGAAAGCCUUGUGUUCGCUCCCAGCGCUGACAAGUCAGGUCUUGAGAUUGCGGCCGACGAGAUUGAGGUUUCUCCUCAAGCUUUCGGCAUCACGCCUCGCGACAUUGGUGCUGCGUCAAACACGAUCCAAGACCGAACCCUGGGCUUCGAGUGUGCUGGUACAGUGACUCAAGUCGGUGCGAAUGCCGCGUCUGAGGGCUACAAAGUCGGCGACCGUGUCGCAAUCGUCAUGGACGGCGAAUCUGGCAACAGAAUCCGUGUCCCUUGGACCAGCGCGGUACAACUCCCAGCUGCCAUGGGCUUUGAGCUUGCUGCUGCCAUUCCCGUCGCAUAUGCAACGGCCUGGAUCUCGCUCAUGGACGUUGCCCACAUCCAGAAGGGAGACAGCGUUCUCAUCCACGAUGCCGGCUCUGCCAUCGGUCAAGCUGCUGUUUCGCUCGCCAAGUACGUCGGCGCAGAGAUCUUUGCUACAGUCAGCGACCCCGAGCACAACAGUUUCCUCAGGCGUGUCAUUGGCCUCAAGGGAGACCACAUCUUCCCAAGCACCGACUCUGCCUUUGCCACAGCCAUCCAAACCAAGACGAAUGGCCGUGGUGUCGACGUCGUCCUCAACACGCUCGAAGGAUCGCUGCUUCACAAGACUCUUGAAUGUGUUGCUCCUCUCGGUCACUUCUUCGAGCUCGGAAAGAGGGAUCUCGAGCAGAACAGCCGCCUGGACAUGGGUGCUUUCGCUCGUGGCAUCACCUUUUCCGCAAUCGACGUCACCAUGCUGGCUAAGCACAAGGGACGCCAAGUGCACCGCGCCUUGACUUCCACCCUUGACCUCAUGAAGACGAGGAAGAUUCGUGGUGUACCGAUCUCGGUGCACGACAUCUCCAACGCUGUCCAGGCUUUCCGUAGCGCUCAGUCGAGCGGAUCGCUUGGAACAGUCGUUCUAUCAGUCAAGCCUGAGAGUACUGUACCGGUUAUCCGCCAGAUGCCCACUGUCAAGCUCCACGCAGACGCAUCCUACGUCGUCGUCGGUGGCUUCGGAGGUAUCGGCCAGAGCAUCUGUGUCUGGCUUGCUGAGCACGGAGCCAAGAACCUCAUUGUCCUCUCUCGAAGUGCCAACGCCGCCGACAAGGCCGCUCCUCUGCUCAACGACCUGAGCAACCUCGGAUGCCAAGUCAGGGCCGUAGCCUGCGACAUUGCCAACGAGGACGAUGUCAAGCGCGCCGUUGAAUCCGUCAAGGACUUGCCUCCCGUCCGCGGUGUGAUUCAGGGUGCCAUGGUUCUCCGCGACUCGAUUCUCGAGCAAAUGUCUCUUGCCGACUACACGACUGGUCUGCGUCCCAAGGUCCAGGGUACGUGGAACCUGCACACUGCUUUUGAAUCUGCUCCUCUCGACUUCUUCGUUAUUCUCUCUUCCAUCGCUGGUAUCAUUGGUAUUGCAUCUCAGUGCAACUACGGCGCGGGCGGUGCGUUCCAAGACGCAUUGGCAGCGCACCGCACCAGCCGCGGUCUCCCCUGCGUCUCCAUCGACAUCGGUGCAGUCAAGAACGUCGGAUACGUCGCCGAGCACGACGACACGCACAACUACCUCAAGAAGCUCGGCCACAUGGUCCUCUCCGAAGGCGACGUCCUCAAGUCCCUCGCCUGCGCCAUCACCUCGCCCUUUGCCACCCAGCUCGUCUUCGGCAUCAACACCGCACCCACCAGUGCCCUUUGGGACGAAGGCCCAGCAUCUCGCGACCUCCGCUUCUGGCCCGCCAAGUUCCGCUCGUCAGGCGAUGAGAGCGCAAAUGCAGGCAUGGCUGAUACUCUCGCCGGUCGCAUUUCAAGCGCCACCUCGCUCGAGGAGGCUGCUACCGCGGUCGCGGGCGAGAUCACCGCUAAGAUCAUGGAUAUCUUUAUGAUUCCAGAGGCUGAAGUGUUCCCGCACAAGCCCAUGGCGGAUUUCGGUGUCGACUCCCUGACAGCGGUGGAGCUGAGGAAUACGCUGGCAACAAAGGCUGGUGCUGAAGUGUCCAUCUUUGAUAUCAUGCAAGCGCCGAGUUUGAGCGCUAUGGCGCUGUCGAUUGCGGCCAAGAGCUCGCAUCUUAAGUCGUCGUUAGUUGUUGCUGCUUAA